AUGGAGAACUUGUCUAAUAUCAUAGUAUUUAAUCUCAGUGGACUAAAUGAGAUACGGUCUCAUAAAUAUGUCUUUUUUGCUUUUACACUUCUCUUUUACCUGUUGAUCACAUUUUUGAAUCUGACACUAACUGCUACAAUCCUCCUGGAGAAAUCCCUCCAUGAGCCCAUGUACAUCUUCAUCGGUAACUUGAGUGUCAACACCCUGUACGGAACUGCUGGUUUCUAUCCUAAACUCCUGGCUGACUUUCUGUCUGAUACCCAUGUCAUCUCAUUUGCUGGAUGUUUGAUUCAAGUCUUUGUGAUCUACUCUUCUGUUAUGUGUGAAUACACCAUUUUAACAGUGAUGGCCUAUGACAGGUAUGUGGCAAUAUGCAAACCCUUAGACUACCAUUCUAUCAUGAAUAAUGUGACUGCUCAGAAAUUUGUUUUGUUUUUGUGGAUUCUUACAUUCUUUGAAGCAACAGUUACUAUUUUGUUAACUCUCAGACUGCCUUUUUGUGGGUCUCAGAUUGACAAACUGUACUGUGAAAACUGGUCAGUGGUAAAGCUGUCUUGUGUGGACACAACUCUCAACAAUGUUGGUAGUUACAUCAUAGUGAUUUCUUGUAUUUCACAAGCCAUUUUCAUUGUAUGUUCUUACAUCCAGAUUAUCAAAGUGUGUGUAAAGUCUGGGGAAGGUAGGAGAAAGUUUAUGCAGACUUGUUUGCCUCAUUUGAUCACAUUAAUCAACUUCACUUUCACCUCGAUUUCUGAUGUGAUGUUUUCUAGAUAUGGUUCUAGAAACACACCACAGACUCUUCGUAAUAUCUUGGCAGUGGAAUAUCUAGUCAUUCCUCCUCUUCUAAAUCCCCUCAUAUACGGCCUGAAUCUCUCUAAAAUUUAUUUAAGGGUUCGGAGACUUUUUAAAAUGGAAUCUUGGACAUAG